AUGAACCAACGCAGCCCGCAAACAUUUGCAAAGCAGGAAUCACCACUCCUCUCUCCAACGACCGGCACGAUCUGCUAUCUUUUGUCUACUGGACGCGGGCAUCCCGAUACACUCAUCAGUUUCAGUAACCUGGGAAACGUGCUCUCCAUGCAAGGGAAAUAUAAAGAGGCGGAAGCAUUGCAUCGACAGGCGUUGGAAGCACGAGAGAAGGUGUUUGGAUGGGGGCAUUACGAUAUGUUCAUCAUUGUUGGUAACCUUAGCGAUGUGCUAUCCAGGCAGGGGAAAUAUGAAGAAGCGGAAGCAAUGCAUCAACGGGCGUUGGAAGCACUAGAGAAGGUAUGGGGAUGUGAGCAUCCUGGCACGCUUACGAUUGUCAAUAGCCUUGGCAAUGUGCUCUCCGUACAAGGAAAAUAUAAAGAGGCGGAGGCAAUGCCCCGAUGA